GGCAAGUGCACGUGAUCCCGAAGAUGGCGCUGGAUCCGCAGUCACCGCACUGGCGGUUUGAUCGCUUCGAUGACGGCUCCCAGAGAAUCCAUGCUGAAGUGCAACUAAAGAAUUAUGGAAGAUUUCUUGAAGAGUACACCAACCAGUUGAAAGGAGUUGAAGAUGCGUUGGAUGACUCUGUUGGGGAUGUUUGGGAUUUUACUCUGGAUCCAAUAGCUCUUAAGCUUUUGCCGUAUGAACAAUCCUCAUUACUGGAACUUAUUAAAACUGAAAACAAAGUCCUGAAUAAAGUGAUUACGGUUUAUGCAGCUCUUUGUUGUGAAGUAAAAAAGUUGAAAUAUGAGGCUGAAACAACAUUUUACAAUGGGCUUCUCUUCUAUGGAGAAGGAGUUACAGAUUCGAGUAUUGUGGAAGGAGAGUCUCAGAUCCAGAUGGGCAGGUUUAUUUCUUUUUUACAGGAGUUAUCUUGCUUUAUCACAAGAUGUUACGAAGUGGUGAUGAAUAUUGUUCAACAGCUGGCUUCACUCUACACUAGCAAUAAAACUGCAUCGAAAGUCAUAGAAACGACUGGGGUUCAUUUCCAGACUGUAUAUGAACACCUAGGAGAGCUGCUGGCAGUUCUCCUCACUUUGGAUGAAAUAAUCGUGAAUCAUGUUACCUUGAAGGACCACUGGAUCAUGUACAAAAGGUUGCUGAAAUCGGUCCACCAUAAUCCAUCGAAAUUUGGAAUUGCUGAGGAAAAGCUGAAACCAUUUGAGAAAUUGCUGUUGAAGUUGGAGGGUCAGUUGUUGGAUGGCAUGAUUUUUCAGGCCUGUGUUGAACAGCAAUUUGAUACGAGGAAUGAACCAACCUCAGUCUCAAAAAAUAGCACGUUUGCAGAAGAGUUUGCCCAUAAUAUUCGCACUAUUUUCACCAGUGCAGAAUCCAAGCUUGGAGAGCCUUCAGAAAUUGACCAGAGAGAUAAGUACGUCGGAAUUUGUGCGCUCUUUGUGUUGCACUUCCAGAUUUUCAGAACAUUAGAUAAAAAGCUGUACAAAUCCUUGCUAGAUGUUUGCAAGAAGGUACCUGCCAUCACACUCACUGCCAAUAUUAUCUGGUUUGCUGAUCAGUUCCUGCUACGUAAAAUGGCAUCAGCUGCCAAGGUUGCAGAAAAAAAGAAUCUACAGUCUAUUAAAAUUCAAAGAGAAACCUUUCUACAACAGAAGUCCCAGACUCUGUCCAAAGAGGUGCAGUCAUAUUACUUAUUUGUAAGCUCAUGGAUGAUGAAAAUGGAAUCCAUCGUGUCCAAGGUGCAGAAUGUGGACAAGUUUGCUGAGGACCUAUCCAACAGAUGCAGCAUUUUUAUACAGGGUAUUCUUUAUGCAAACAGCCUCAGUAACAUUGUCCGAACCACAAUGAAUCUGUACAUGUCAAUGCAAAAACCCAUGACCAAGACAUCCGUGAAAGCUUUAUGCAGACUUGUGGAACUUUUAAAGGCUAUUGAACACACUGUCCAUAGGAGGACAAUGGUUAUAGCAGAUUCUGUAUAUCAUAUUGCUCACACCCUUCAGUAUCAGGCCCUUAAUUCAAUAUCUAUUGCUAAGAAAAGAGUAAUAUCUGACAAGAAAUACAGCGAACGACGCCUGGAUGUGCUGUCAGCUCUCGUGUUGGCUGAAAAUGCUCUCAAUGGACCCAGUACCAAAGAGCGUCGACUAGUAGUUGCACUAGCGUUAAGUGUAGGAACCCAGAUGAAAACUUUUCGAGAUGAAGAGUUGCUGGUAUUACAAGUAGUGCUGAAGAAGUUGGAUCUGAUCAGUGAGCUGAGAGAGAGGAUUCAAGUUCUGUGCAACUGCAACUUCUUAUACUGGCAUCGAACCAUUUUCCCCAUCUACUUGGAUGAUGUUUAUGACAAUGCUGUGGAUUCUGCAAGAGUACAUUACAUGUUCAGUGCUUUGAGGGAUUGCGUUCCACCCAUGAUGCAUGCAAGACAUCUAGAAUCCACUCGAGUGUUGCUGGAAUGCUUUGAUAAAGAAAUCAUGGAUGUGCUAAAUGAGCACCUUUUGGAUAAGCUGUGUAAGGAGAUCGAGAAGGACCUGAGACUGUCUGUGCACACACAUUUAAAAUUGGAUGAUCGAAAUCCGUUCAGGGUUGGCAUCAAAGACUUGACGGAUUUCUUCUCUAUCAAACCAAUCCGUUUCUUUAACCGAUUCAUUGACGUCAAAGCAUAUGUAACUCACUAUCUGGACAAGACUUUCUACAACCUGACAACAGUGGCUAUUCAUGACUGGGCCACCUACAGUGAAAUGAGAAACCUAGCAGCCCAGCGCUACAGUCUCUCGAUGACCGAAGCACACCUUCCAAGUCAGACCUUGGAACAGGGAUUAGAUGUUCUUGAAAUAAUGCGAAACAUUCACGUGUUUGUUUCGAGGUAUCUCUACAAUCUCAAUAACCAGAUCUUCAUAGAACGCACAAGCAACAAUAAACAUCUGAAUACAAUCAACAUUAGGCAUGUUGCAAACUCGAUCCGUACACACGGGACAGGCAUUAUGAACACAACAGUCAAUUUCACCUACCAGUUUCUGAGAAAAAAGUUUUAUAUAUUCAGCCAGUUCAUGUAUGAUGAACACAUCAAGUCUCGCCUCAUCAAAGACAUUCGAUCCUUUAAGGAGACAAAGGACCAAAAUGAUCAAAAGUAUCCUUUUGACCGUGCAGACAAGUUUAAUCGAGGCAUCAGAAAACUUGGGCUAACUCCAGAGGGACAAAGUUACCUUGAUCAGUUCAGGCAACUUAUUAGCCAGAUAGGAAACGCAAUGGGCUAUGUUCGGAUGAUUCGAUCUGGUGGACUACAUUGCUGUAGUAAUGCAAUAAGAUUUGUUCCUGACUUGGAAGAUAUUGUGAACUUUGAGGAGCUUGUGAAAGAAGAGGGACUUUCAGAGGAAACUCAAACAGCUGCCAGACAGCUGGAUGCUGUUCUUACUGACCUCACUAGAAACUCUGCCGAGGGGACUGAAUACUUCAAGAUGCUAGUGGAUGUAUUUUCUCCUGAAUUCCGUAACUCUAAAAAUAUGCACCUACGUAACUUCUACAUCAUUGUGCCACCGCUGAAAUUACUAAUAGAUGUGGAUGGUUCCUUUCAGACACUGAACUUCGUUGACCACUCAAUAAGCUGUAAGGAGAAGUUGAAUAAGAAAAAUAAAGUUGGAGCUGCCUUUACUGAUGAUGGGUUUGCAAUGGGUGUUGCCUACAUUCUGAAACUGUUGGAUCAGUAUCAGGAAUUUGACUCAUUACACUGGUUUCAGUCGGUGAGAGAAAAAUAUAUGAAAGAAAAGAAUGCAGUUGUCAAACAGCAAAAUGUUCAGUCAACUAAUCAAGAUGAAAAGCUCAUGCAAACAAUGAAUCUAACCCAGAAAAGGUUGGACAUCUAUUUACAGGAGUUUGAGCUGCUCUAUUUUUCACUGAGCAGUGCCAGGAUUUUCUUCCGAGGAGAUCAGUCUGCAGCUGAAGAAAGUCAGGAGAGAAAGGAGAGGGACGAUGAAGGGGCCAAAUCGAACAAUGAUGAGUCAUGAAACAAUCUGCCGUCAGACGAGUAUGAAAUGGUGUCAUGGUGCCAUAUUUCUCUCUGCAUUUUCUCAUUCCCUUUCUCACUCCUUUUUCUCAUAUACUGUUUUCUUUAUGGCUAUUUUGUAGCUCCUUAUACUUUUAUGUGGCUUGUUUUUGUGCUUGAAACUUUGUGUUAUUGUAUAUUUUGCACUGUUGGACUUCCAGUCACAGAACUUGAAUCUGCUCAAUAAUAUCCUAGCUAGUUUCUGUUGCUUGGUUUGUACAGUGUGAAGAACUUCAGUUAGGGUGGAGAAGAGAAGUUAGCAGAUUCCGUGUUAAUUCAGAACAUGUUUCUGAUUCUUUUCCAUUAUGGUUUUCCUUUUGACAAGUCUUAAUUUAUUCAGUCUCAGCCAAGCUUUGGCUUAUGCAACAGAAAACCAGGGUCCAAAUUUAACUGAAUGGAAUUGCGCCCAUGUAAUGAAACUGGGAUGUCAAAGCUCUAAUUGUCAUUGCUUUGACUAGGAGUGUGCUUUGCGUAACAAAGGAAGCAAAUGCUCCAAAUUAUAAGGUGAUUUUAGGACAGAGUAUUUUAAAAAUAGAACAACUAUAAUUACUGCAGUCCUUAACACAGCUGGGGAACUAGGGAUCAGGGCUACAUACAGGAUGAUUAGAACUGAGCUCCCUCUCUCCAUUGGACAGGGGAUCAGGGCUACAGGAUUAUUAUAAAGCUUUCAGUAUUUAAAACCUGGUCAUGUGUGGGCUUUAUAUUAAUUUCUGAGGUUUUUGUUUGUGCUGUGCUGCCCCAAUGUUUCAGUCUUACCUCCACAGGCACCUAAUCAGUUUCUUUCAAGCUGUUGUUCUCAUGAUGUUACAGCCUGCCGCACUUCAAUACAGAAGUGAAAUUGUUUCUGUAAAUGGACCUAAUUCUACAAAAUAAUAUAAAAUUGUACAAAUUUACAUAUUUUAGAAAUAUCUAAAACUUGCUAAAAGGAUGUCUCAUUUGAAUAAAUCAUAGCUCAUUUAAAGAACAGGAGUGUUUGGUAAAGUUUCUCUCUAAGUUGCACUUAAGUACUUGACGACCUGCUGUAUGUAGAUUUUUAAUUGCAAGCUAUCUGGUAUAAAAUGUAACUUUGUGAUGUUUGCCAGUUUAUAAGCACUAAGUUUGUAAUACUCAGGAAUAUUGGACCAACAAAACAGUUUGUUCAGUUUCAAAAUGCUUAUUUCAAAAUAAUUAAAGAGCAUCAAAAUGCAAAA